CAGCUGCUCGGAGCUUUAGCACCGUUGAAGAUGGCGACUGGAGUCCUUCAGAGAGUCCGCGGCGGCUUGGCUCGGGCAAAAAGCGGGGCCCACCCGGCCGGACAGCUGCUGGUCUGGGGCAGAGGGUUUGCAACGUCCAGCAGCAGAAACAGAGAGGACAGCUGGUUUAAGUCGCUGUUUGUGAGGAAAGUCGACCCCAGAAAAGACGCACACGCCAAUUUACUGACCAAAAACGAGGAGAGUAACCUCUACAAAAUUCAGUUCCAUAAUGUCAAGCCGGAGUGCCUGGAUGCAUACAACAAACUCUGUGAGGAUGUUUUGCCCUCCAUCCAUGCUGAUAAGUACUACCCCUGUGAGCUGGUGGGGACCUGGAAUACCUGGUAUGGAGAACAAGACCAGGCUGUUCACCUGUGGCGUUACAGAGGUGGAUAUCCAGCUCUAACAGAGGUGAUGAACAAGCUCAGGCAGAACAAGGAGUUCACAGCGUACAGGAAGGAGCGGGGUAAGAUGCUGCUGUCCCGCAGGAAUCAGCUUCUCCUGGAGUUUAGCUUCUGGAACGAGCCUGUACCCCGAGAGGGACCCAACAUCUAUGAGCUCAGGACCUACCAGCUCAGGCCAGGAACCAUGAUCGAGUGGGGUAAUUACUGGGCCAGAGCCAUUGGAUUACGCCAGCACAACAGAGAAGCUGUGGGAGGGUUUUUCUCACAGAUCGGUAACCUCUACAUGGUCCAUCACCUCUGGGCUUACAAAGACCUCCAGUCCCGAGAAGACACGAGGAAUGCUGCCUGGCAGGAGGAGGGCUGGCAAGAGGUGGUGUAUUACACAGUUCCUCUCAUUCAGCACAUGGAUUCUAGAAUUAUGACUCCAACGAAGGCUUCCCCACUGCAGUGAAAUGAGAAGCGAGCUGGAAGCUGGAACUGAGUGGCACCCGUUUGAAUGUUACAUCCAUCCAGAGCAUCUCCAUUCAUGAGUUCAGCCUCCUGUCAGUGCUGCCAAACAACAUCCCUUCCCUUUUCUCGUCUUUGUUUUGUUACUUCAAGAUGUUACUCGGACAGAGACCUGCCAUUUAUCUGAAUUUAAGUUACUGAAAGGCACCGAGGCACUUGACGAUGCACAACUCUGUUUUUGUUUUUCGGUUCUGGAGUGGGAUGAGUAAAUUUAACCACUUUAAACUUACUCCUGAUGGUGGUUAUGUCAGACAUCCCGUGCCACAUUAAAACUGGUCCAUGAAGAGAGCUCAUCUCUGAGUUUAAAACCAACCAAAGUUACUUGAAAAAAAUAAAAAUCGAGCAGCUGUAUGGUGUGUAAAUGUGGGAACAGAGAUGAAUAUAGUACUGCUGAUACACUCUGCUCAAUGCAGUGGCUUUUUAUUUAUUUAAUGUACAUUUAGAAUACAUAACUGGUUGUUUAAAGUGUGCUGAGGAAAAAAAAAAGGCACUUUGAUGGAAGCCAUGCCAUUGCUGACCGAAUAGAGAAAGUCUCUGUAUAUCAAUAAAAACUGUAUUUCUGUCACCUAUCAUAACAUGACAUUAAGUCAUCAUUUUAUAUUUGAUGUCUAUUAUGAAUCAGACAUUGUUUUGCAAAUUACUCCUUUCAGUUUCUUUUCCUAGAUGUUCCUAGAUUCCCUGUCAUGGUAACGUUUCAUGGUGCCGUGUUUGUAACUAUGGCUUCCACUUUUUUCUUGUGAAGACAGCAUGCCUGGUUUUAAAAUCUGUUUUUACCCAACAUGUUUUAAUGGGGAAUAGCAAUCCUAUGACCCAUAUAUGAUAACGUGAAAACCGGUGGUACUUAUCAGUGACUGAGAGAAGCUGCUACAAAGCAGACAGUCGUGCUGCUUCAUACUGUAAUAGAGGUUUUAUUGUUAAAGGAAGCAUGUUUAUCUGGUCUUUUUAUUCAGCAGGAACGAUGUAAAGAGGGGAGCAAGAACGCCAACACAGAUUAAAAUCGUUCAAACAA